AUGGUAGCAUAUUCAAAGGUGGAAGCAAAAUUUUUAUCUCCUGUAGGAAAAGAGAUUUUAUUAAGGUCGGUGGUUCAAGCUAUUCCUUUUUACACUAUGAGUGUGUUUCUGUUGCCUCUAGAUCUGUGUGCUGAGCUUGAAUGUAUGAUGAACUCUUUUUGGUGGGGUUCUGGUGGUAGAGGUCAGGGUGAAAUAAGAUGGAAGAGAUGGGAACUUUUGUGCAGGCUUAAGGUUGUUGGUGGUUUGAGUUUUCACAGGGUUUAUGAGUUUAAUUUAGCUUUACUGGGAAAGCAAGUUUGGGGAUUAUUAAGUAAUCCCAAUUCUUUUGUAACUAGAGUGUAUGGAGCUCAUUAUUUCCCACGGUCUGAUAUUUUGCAAGCAGAGUUUGGAUAUAAUCCAAGUUAUGUGUGGUGCAGUGUAUGGGCUGCUAUUCCCAUUUUGAGAUUUGGUUUAAGAUGGAACGUUGGAUCGGGAGCUUCUAUUUCCAUUUGGCAAGAUCCAUGGCUUCCUUCAGGUAUGAAUCCUUACGUAAGUUCAGUGGCUUCUGUGAUAUCUCAUUAUCAGUUGGUUUGUUAG